UUGAGCAAAAAGAAGGAAGAAUAAGAAGAAGGUUUUUGUUGUUGAUCCGCAUUUUAUCAAUUUUAGGCAUUUCCUAGGCGGAAAAACGGGAUAAUUACCCCGUAGAGUUGCAAAUUGAACCCCCCUCGACAUUUUUCACGAGCAGCCACUGAGAAGAAAAAAAACACUGAAGAUGUCGAAGAGAAGUGCAGAAGAUUCCGCGGGGGUUUCUGGGGCACAGCCACCAAUAAAGAAGGUUCACUUUGAGCCCCAUCUCAUUGGCCCCAUUUCCACCCUCGAAGAGAUGGACAUCAAGGUGCUGCAGUUCCAGAAUAAGAAAUUAGCCCAGCGCAUUGAGCAGCGUGUCCGGUGUGAGGCAGAGCUCCGGCAGCGAAUUGAGCAGCUCGAGAAGCGUCAAACACAGGACGAUGCCGUCCUCAAUGUUGUCAAUCGCUACUGGAAUCAGCUCAAUGAGGACAUUCGUGUCCUCCUGCAGCGUUUCGAUGCCGAAACAGCCGAUGAAUCGGAGAAUAAGAAUGAGAAUGAAGUGACAACGUCCUUCCUCACGCAACUCUCCACGUGGGACAAGGAGGAGCUGGAUGAUAAGCUGGCCAAUCGCGUGCAGGUGUCAAAGCGCGCUGUAGCAAAGAUUGUUCAGGUUAUUGAUCGCCUAAUGCAGCGCAAUGAGAAGCUCGCUGUGGCGCUGAAAGGUGGUUCCGGGGAGGAUGAUGAGGCUCCAGCGCCGGACAUUGAUGAAGCCCUCCGGGAGUCUCAGGUGGCCAUCAUGGAGGAGAAUAGGCAGCUGCAGAAUUUCAAUACUUCCCUCCAUGAGAAGUAUCACACAAUCUCCCUGAAGAUGUCUGAGCUGCAGGACACGCUGACGGCCAAGGAGACGGAAGCGGCUGAGCUGAGGAAUCAAAUUGAUGAUUUGCAGUAUGAGCUGGAGAAGGUGCGUUGUCGCAAUGAUAAGCUUGAGAAUCAUCUCGCGGAAGCCAUUGAGAAGCUCAAGACGUACCAUCAAAUGCACGGGGAUGCCACAAAGACGGUCACAGUGAAAGCCAAUCCGACGACCAGCGUGGCGACGCAGCAUCUCGAAGAUAUGGCAAAAGAACUUGAAGAGUUCCGUGAAUUGGCCACAAAUCGCCUCCAGGAGCUCGAUAAACUCCACCAAACGCACCGAGAAACCCUCAAAGAAGUGGAAAAGCUCAAAAUGGACAUCCGUCAACUUCCGGAAUCGGUAAUUGUGGAGACAACGGAAUACAAAUGCCUCCAGUCGCAAUUCUCAGUGCUCUACAACGAAUCCAUGCAGAUCAAGACAAUGCUCGAUGAGACACGAAAUCAGCUGCACACGAGUAAGAAUCAGCACUUGAGGCAGAUUGAGAUGAUGGAGAGUGAGGAAUUGAUGGCGCAGAAGAAGAUGCGCAGUGAAAUGAUUCAGAUGGAAGACGUCUUGGCGCAGAUUCGCAAAGAGUACGAAAUGCUGAGGAUUGAAUUUGAGCAGAAUAUGGCGGCAAAUGAGCAGACGGCACCGAUUAAUCGGGAGAUGCGACACCUCAUUACGUCGCUACAGAAUCACAAUGGGCAGCUGAAGGGUGAGGUGCACAGGUACAAGAGGAAGUACAAGGAUGCAGCGGCGGAAAAUGCAAAAUUGAGGAAGGACAUUGAAGAGGCAAAUGCAAAGGCCAAUGGAGCACAAAAUCGAGCAGCAGCUCCAGCAGAGGGAGAAGUGAAGCCAGAAGGUGCAAGCCAGGGAGUCAAGGAGGAGACUUCAUCUGAUGGAUCAGCAAGUGUGAAGGAAGAAGUGACAACGGGAGUUGCAAAAGCUGAAUCCGAUGAGAAUGAAGAAGAUGCCGACAAUAAGGACGGUAUCAAGAAGGAACCAGGAACUCCUGGUGCUGUAAAGCAAGAAAAGGCAGCUCCUGCUGCAACGGGAGAGAAGAAGGAUUGUCCCAGUGCGGCAACAGUUGUGGUCAAGACGGAGAAAGAUCAGAAAGAGGCUCAACGUAUUAAGGAGCUGAAGAUUGCUGAAUCAGAAAUGAUGAGAGAUCUAAAAGCUCAAUUAAAGAAAGCCCUUAAUGAUCAGAAAGAGAUGAAACUACUUCUUGAUAUGUAUAAAGGAGUCUCAAAGGAGCAACGGGAUAAAGUUCAAUUGAUGGCAAUUGAAAAGAAGAAUCGUUCAGAGAUUGAAGAGUUAAAGCAACAAUUAAAGAAGCUUCAGGAAAGUAAAAGGGAGGACAGGAAGAAAUUAGCAGAUGAAGAUGCUCUGCGGAAGAUUAAGCAGUUAGAAGAACAAAAAUACGAACUACAGAAACAAGUUGCUAAUCAAAAGCCAGCGGAUGGUUCGUGGCCAGGACACUACAGUCGUGGUUUUGUUGGAUCUCACGAGGAGGAGGCACUCUUGAAUGAAAUGGAAGUAACGGGGCAAGCAUUUGAGGAUAUGCAAGAGCAGAAUUCGCGAUUAAUUCAGCAAUUACGUGAGAAGGAUGAUGCAAAUUUUAAGCUGAUGUCAGAUCGCAUAAAGGCCAAUCAGAUGCACAAACUCCUGCGGGAGGAGAAGCAAAUUCUCGAGGAGCAAGUUGCAACGCGUGAUACGCAAAUUGAGGCGAUGCACAUUGUGCUGCGGAAGUUGGAGGAGAAGGAGCGUAUCCUGCAGAAUACGGUGACGACGAUUGAGAAGGAGUUGGUGCUGCGUCAGCAGGCGAUGGAGAUGCACAAGCGCAAGGCAAUUGAGUCGGCACAGUCGGCGGCGGAUUUGAAGUUGCAUCUGGAGAAGUAUCAUGCACAGAUGAAGGAGGCACAGCAGGUGGUGGCGGAGAAGACGAGCUCACUGGAGGCGGAGGCGUACAAGACGAAGCGUCUGCAGGAGGAGUUGGCACAGUUCAAGCGGAAGGCGGAGCGGAUGAAGAAGAUUGAGAUGACAGGCACGACAAUUGAUGAGGUGAUGCUGGAGGAGAUUCGGGAGUACAAGGAGACACUCACGUGUCCCUCGUGCAAGGUUAAGCGGAAGGAUGCCGUGCUGUCUAAGUGCUUCCAUGUCUUCUGCUACGACUGCCUACGAACGCGCUAUGAGACACGUCAGCGCAAGUGUCCCAAAUGCAAUUGCGCCUUCGGGGCGAAUGACUACCAUCGACUCUACCUCUCAACAUAAAAUUCUCCUCAAAACAUCUGACUUCCGGUUAAUUCCCAAACUUUGUUGCAUUAAAUGAGGGAGGAAAGGUGAUCGAUCCUCUGCAUACUCCACAAAAUCAUCUCCGGCGCCUGGGAUGUGCAUCCGUAUUGCGUCAAUGCGGUUUCUAGGAUACAUUUAGGCAUGGUAGGUUAGAGAAGCGCUCUGACAGUGAAACUCCAUUAAAAUUUCUAUUUAUUCCGCCUGAAUAUCGAUAAAUACCUAUUAUAAGUUUUAUAGAAAACACAACAAUUUUAUGUCAAUGUAGAGAUUAAUGUCUCAAAAUAUGACUAAUAAAACGUCACAGAUUACAUUAAAAA